AUGACAUUCCUCACACCCCACCUCCCCUUCCCCAACUCCGCCCCCCUCCCCCCGCCCAGCUCCCACCUCGUCAUCUCCGAUACUCUCAACUCCCCUGCCUAUUUCGCCCUCUACCACCUUCUCGCUGCAGCUCUGGGGAACAAGGAACAAAAACGCAAGGUGGUCUGGGUCGAUCUGAGAGGGGAGGGGAGGGGGAGUUUGGAGACUGUUAUGAAGAAGAUUGGUACGCCCCUACCGCCCGCCACCUCACCCCAAUUCAUCCACCUCGCCCCGUCCUCCCUGCCGCACAUCAUUCCCGUCUCACCCGGUACCCCUAGGAUCUUUGAUAAGGAAGGCAAACCGUCUUUGAGAGAAGUGUAUGAUGCGGUGGUACCGCAUAUGGGAGAGGGGGUGGUGGUCAUAGUGGAUGGGCUUGGGGGGUUGGUAGAUAUGGGUAUGGGGGUGGAUGAGGUUGUGCGUUUCGUCAGAGCUGUCUAUUAUCAAGUCCGUCAAUCAAAAUCAAUCAUAACAACAACCCUCCACACCGACUCCCUCCCCCUGCCCUCCCCGGCCCCUUACACUCCCGGACCAGACGCCAGUCUGCUAGAAGGGCUGACGAGGGUGGGCACGGGGUGUUGGUGGCGCGUGAGUCAUUUGGCGAGUGGGCGGAGCGGGGAUGUGAUGGGUGAGAUUUCGGUGCAUCCUUUUGGUGAUUUGCAGUCACAGGGUGGAGAGUGGGUGGAGGUUGGGAGGGGAAAGCCGGUGCAGUAUAGGUUGGAGACGGGGAGUGUUAAGGUGUUUGCCAAGGGCACUGGGAGGGGGUUCUUGUGA